GUACUUGCAAUAGAGGCAAUUCACAUCGCGGUUUCGCGUUUCAAUUGUUUCGAUGUCCGCCAUUUUCUCUGGUUGUUUAUGUCAUGUUUGGCGUUGUCUGUAUUGGCUGAAAUUACGAAUAACAUUAGAGUUUGUAAUGCACAUUUUGUUCUAGGAAAACCUUUUUACUACACUGGAGAAACACACCCAGACUGGGCCCCAUCCCUGAAUCUUGACAAUAUGUAUGUUAACGCUAAGUCAGCCAUGGAUAGAGAGUCAAGAAGAGUAAUUUUAAAUGUUCAAAGAGCAUUUCAAGAAAUGGUACAAGAGCCCGAACAAGUGCCAAUUGAAAAUGUGCACCUUAAUGAGGAAGUGGUUAAUAUUUCAUUAACUGAAGGUCAUGAAGAACUUUUCCCUCCACUGUGUACUGAAGCUGAAUAAUAAUUCUAUAAUUUGACCGUCACUAGUAACAGAAGAGUCUUGAUCAGAUAAUGGCUCCAGAAUUUCUAUUUCAAAUAUUUCUGUGUCACCCAUGACAGCCCUACAGAAAAGAUUUUUUUUAAAUACAAGAAAUGUGAUCUGGAAA